GGCUCUCCACUUCACUUGCUCAAGUUUCUCAAGGAGUGGGUGGAGAGGGGAGACCCAGGAAGGGAAGGACAGAAGCGAGAGGACCCAAAGGGAGAAAUGCCAAGUCUAGAAGGGCGUGAGCCCCGCCCAUCGCCCACUGGCAAUCACUCCCCCUGGAACCUGUCUGAGCCUGUUUCCUUCUUUAUAAAGUGAGGAGAGGUCGGACAGGACAUCCUCUAAGGUUCUUCCCGACCUGGAACUCAGUUCUAGCCCAAGCAUCUCCAGGGUGAGGGGGUGAAGGAGACCCCCACUCCUAGGGGGUAGGAAACUCAAGCGGUCAGCACUACCGUGUCAGCAAGGGCUAAAGAAGACACAGUUGCUUUCUCGGAAGGCAGACAUGCCAACCUUGUACAGAGGGUAUGAGAAAAGUCAGUCAGUGCCCACGGCACCCUGCCAGUGUGAGCCAGACCAGGAGCGGAAGGUUGUAUUCGAGGAACAGGAAUCAGCAGCCUCCCUGGAGGUCACAGACUAGGCAGCUGGAGCUGACUGAUGAUGGAACAAGUGGCUUAGGAUCACAGAAACCAGCCAUGCCUGGGGGAAGGAGUUCUCCACCCCACCGAAGACAUCAUCUGGGGUGUCUCCCCUCUGCCCUUACCUGCCAGAUCUGGAGAGCUCAGUCCUAUUCGGCCCAGAGGACCCCUCGGUCAUCACCACUGCUCUGCCGCGACAUGGCUCUGCAGAACGCACUGUACACUGGGGACCUGGCGAGGCUGCAGGACCUGUUCCCCCCCCACAGCACAGCUGACCUACUGCUGGAGAGCCGGGCAGCUGAGCCUCGCUGGAGCAGCCACCAGAGGGGACUCUGGUCUCUGACGUAUGAAGAGGAGCUGACCACUCCGCUGCACGUGGCAGCCAGCCGGGGCCACACUGAAGUUCUUCAGUUGCUGUUGAGGCGUGGAGCCAAGCCGGACAGUGCCCCUGGAGGCCGCACUGCCCUGCAUGAAGCCUGUGCUGCAGGUCACUCCGCCUGCGUCCAUGUGCUGCUGGUAGCCGGAGCGGACCCCAACACCCCUGACCAGGAUGGGAAACGCCCUUUGCACCUCUGCCGGGGCCCUGGUGUCCUUGAGUGUGUGGAGUUGCUCCUGAAGUUUGGAGCACACGUGGAUGGUCGGUCUGAGGAUGAAGAAGAGACCCCUCUGCACACAGCUGCCCGGCUGGGCCAUGUGGAACUAGCAGACCUGCUUCUAAGAUGGGGUGCGUGCCCUGACGCCCGCAAUGCCGAAGGUUGGACACCACUGCUGGCUGCCUGUGAUGUCCGCUGUCAAUCCCCGACCGAUGCCGCGGCCACCACCGGCCGCUGUUUCCAACUGUGCAGCUUGCUGCUGUCGGCUGGGGCGGAUGCCGACGCUGCCGACCAGGACAAGCAGCGGCCCCUGCACCUGGCCUGCCGCCGUGGCCAUUCGGCUGUCGUGGAGCUGCUCCUGUCCUGUGGUGUCAGCGCUAACGCCAUGGACUAUGGGGGGCACACACCUCUGCACUGUGCUCUGCAAGGCCCAGCUACAGCCCUGGCCCGCAGCCCCGAGCACACGGUGCGAGUUCUCCUCAACCACGGUGCCGUCCGAGUCUGGCCAGGGGCACUCCCCAAGGUGCUGGAGCGCUGGUGCAUGUGCCCACGCACCAUCGAGGUCCUGAUGAACACCUACUGUGUGGUGCAGCUUCCCGAGGAGGCCAAGGGCUUGGUACCACCUGAAAUUGUGCAGAAGCACCAACGAUUCUACUCGUCCCUCUUUGCCUUGGUGAGGCAGCCCAGGUCGCUGCAGCAUCUCAGCCGCUGUGCACUGCGCUGUCACCUGGAGGGCGUUCUGCCCCACGCGCUGCCACGGCUUCCCCUGCCCUCCAGCCUGCUCCGCUACCUGCAGCUGGACUUUGAGGACGUGCUUUACUAGGUGUGCCCUGCCCUGAGAACAAAGCAGGCUCCCCAAGGGGCACCUCUCUGCAGGGACUCAAGUCAGGUCAUCCCGCCAGCACAAGGUCCAUCUUCAAGACAGGAAUGAAUGACUUGAUCCACACUGGAGAGAAGAAAACAGAUGACCAUCCGGCCGAUAGUGAUGCAGAGAGAGCGCCUGGGCAAACCUGUGUGUGCACUGGAAACCUCCAGGCUGAAGCCCGGCGUAAUGGCACAGAUGUUCUCUUAGUCCUUGGGAAGUAGAGGCAGGAAGGUGGGAGUGGUCACAUUGUGCUACUUGGUGAGACUUUGUCUUUAAAAAACAAAAAACAAAACCCCUGCUAUUGGUGAAA